AUGUCCAAUAACUCCAGAACACAUCAAUUCGGGGUCCAGUCCCCUGAGGAAUUCCUGAAUACAGACACGCCAUUCUUGUCUUGGGAGGAACUUCAGCAGAAGCUGUUGCUCCCUCCCCAGGAUCGGCCAUCCAUGCGAGAAUCUACACCCUUUAACAGCAUUGAGUCUCUAUUGUCUGCAUCUUCGUACCCGAUGCCUGAGACUUCAAUUCCACAGGGUGACCAACGCCAAGAGGCUCCUCUAUACGGCGGGCUCUUCAUUGAAACCCCGUCAAGUCAAGAUGAACUAGAUCAGAGCAUUCAGUCCACAUCAACUCCAGAAAAUAAAUAUUUGCGGCAUCGCAGUGAGCUGGGCACAAGCAGUCUUUCCCCGAGAAAACGGGGUAGGCCACGGAAAGAUGCGGCUGACGUGUUGGAUGAAGACCCCGAGGAGCGUCGCCGGUUGCAAAUACGACUGGCACAGAGGGCUUACCGCUCGCGACGGGAAAGGAGUCUUACACGCUAUAAGGACCGUAUUGCGCAGCUGGAGAACGCAGUUGAGAACAUGAGCACGUCUGUUCUUUCACUUAGCCAACGGCUGGUCCAAUCUGGCGCGUUGGAAUCUAACCCCGAGCUUGCAACUCAUCUACAUGGUACUGUGUUGACAUGUCUGCGCUCCGUCAAUGAAGCAGGCUGUGAACGAGAGACUCCCGAUGCAUUCCCAGCAAGUGAGGAGUCUCCUUCCACACCCCCAAGGGAAGCAGAUAUAAACCCCGUUCAAUCUUGGAUGGUUGAGCUUAUCGCUCGCUCGCAGUUGAAUACCUCCCAGCCUUUCGCCGCAAAUCAUGUAAGAUUGCAAGACGCCACCAUUGGCAAUUCCCCAUGUAUUUCCGGCUCGACAGAGGUUACAGACAUCGAAUUACCUGUAUUUAUGGAGAGAUUACACAUCGCUUGCGUUUAUCAAGGAUAUAUGGCCUUGCGCGACAGAACCAUCACCAUGGAUCGUCUACAAAGACCGUUCCGCCUUCUCCUAACUUUCAUGAGUCGAGAGCGUCUGACCUCUUACUUUGAAGCAGCACUUCAGUGUCGACUUAGCCGACGGCGGCUGGAUGGAUGGAAAGACGUACCAUUCUUUAGCUUGGGUGGGGCAGGUAUGCAUGCGUUACCAGGGAGUAGUAGUGGAAAGCUCUCUCUUUCCCAACAAUGGGUCACAGUCCAGGAUCCCUUGGCGCAGUUUCCUCCCGAAAUUCAAGAAGACCUGAAUGGGGAAUGGUUUACUAUACAGGAUUUGGAAGGGUUUCUCCGCCAAAAGGGUGUUUAUAAAUUCGCAUGCGAUCCCGCAGAAUCUAGACCAAGUUCGCCAAGGCGAGCUAUGGUCAGCGUAGCUCGUCUGAUGCACGCACUGAUAAGCAAGUGUAUUUGCUUGGGUCGUUCUCCGGGAUUCCGUCGCUGUGAUGUGGAAAGAGCUCUCGGUGCUGCUGUGUCGUGA